UUGGGAGUGAUCUGCCGUGAAGUUGAUCGGCCCUGCAGGAACGUAGAGAGGGCAAGAUGGGCAACAACCAUACUGCGGACAGCCAUGGUGCCCUUAUCGACGAACACACACUGGAUUUCCUCCACAAAGACGACAGAGAUGCCCUCCACACGUAUGCAAACCACACAGAAAUGACAUGAGGAAAGGGAAACGGCAGAGGGCAGCUGUGUGUGUCUGCGCGUGUUGGCUAUCUGUGUAUGUGUGCAGCCGGUCGGAGGUCGGCAGCCUCAGAGCCACGGCCCGUUUCCUCUGGGAAGUCGACUUCUCGGCCGCCGUCCUGAGCAACCGACUCAAUCGCUGCCUUGCCGCCAAGGGACUGCACGCCAUCAUCGCCUUCGACGCUCAGCUGGACCGGCCUCUGCUGCUGAAGGCCAUCUGGCUGGUGGACACGCAGCAGUGGACCGAGGUGACCAAUGCGCUGAAGGUGGCGGCUCAGCUCAACUACUGCCAGCUGCCGAUCACACUGGCUGUGGCGGAUUGUGAGCGUCACGAUAGCAAGCAGGUGGGCAGAUGAGCGUGGGGCGGGGUGGGUGGGUGGCACUCAUCGGUCUGUCUGUCUGUCUGUCUGUGUAGGCGUAUUUGGCGGAUGUGCGUGUGAUUGCGCUGUGGAAGAUGGUCGGCCGACACGUCAACUUUGGCGGCAACUACGGUCGUUUUGAGCUGUUCGACCAGCCGGGCGGCGGUGUGCGUGCCCUCCGCGACGAGCCGGGCUUCGAGCUGGACAUCAACCCGCCCCUCCCCCCCGCCCACCCAUACCACACACAUCAUCAAUGA